CGGGCCUCUUUUUUUUUUUUUUUUUUCCUCUCUGAAAACCCUAACCUUUUCUGAUUUUUUUUUUUUAAAAAAUUGUAAUUUUUACUAUAUUUUUGAAGUUCGGAAAUUUUGCUUUUUCUGGAUGUGGAAAUGGAUUUACAGAGAAGUGUAGCUGUUGUAGUGGUUUUGGUUUUGGUGUUGAGUACGAGUUUGGUUUCAGCUGGAGAUAUUGUUCACCAGGAUAAUAUUGCUCCAAAGAGACCUGGCUGUGAAAACAACUUUGUUCUGGUGAAAGUUCCAACUUGGAUUAAUGGCAUAGAAGGUAGUGAGUAUGUUGGUGUUGGUGCUCGAUUUGGACCUACCUUGGAAUCAAAAGAAAAACGUGCCAACCAUACUAGAGUUGUUCUAGCAGACCCUCCUGAUUGUUGCAAAACACAAAGGAAGCUUUCAGGCGAGGUCAUUUUGGUGCACCGAGGAACUUGCAGUUUCACAGACAAGGCAAAUUUUGCUGAAGCUGCUAAUGCUUCAGCUGUUCUCGUUAUAAACUACCAUACAGAACUUUUCAAGAUGGUAUGUGAGAAUGAAAGUGAUACAAAUAUAAGCAUACCUACCGUUAUGCUCCCUCAAGAUGCUGGUACAAACUUGGAAAAUGAUCUAAAGAAUAACUUGACAGUGUCGGUGCAGCUAUACUCUCCACUGCGUCCGCUGGUUGACAUUGCGGAAGUAUUUUUAUGGCUUAUGGCUGUUGGUACCAUCUUGUGUGCUUCUUAUUGGUCUGCAUGGAGUGCAAGAGAAGCAGCUCUUGAGCAUGAUAAGCUUUUAAACGAUGAUCCGGAUGGAACUUUGCAUUCGGAAGGUGUAGGUUCUUCAGGUUAUGUGGACAUUAACACCACUGCAGCAGUUCUCUUUGUUGUGAUUGCUUCGUGCUUCCUGAUUAUGCUUUACAAACUUAUGUCAUUAUGGUUUUUGGAGGUUCUGGUGGUUCUCUUUUGCAUUGGUGGAGUAGAGGGAUUGCAAACUUGCUUGGUGGCUUUAUUAUCAUGUUUCAGAUGGUUUAAACAUGCUGGAGAAUCGUACGUAAAAGUUCCCUUCUUUGGAGCCGUUUCGUAUCUGACACUAGCUGUUUUACCCUUCUGCAUGGUGCUCGCUGUUGUUUGGGCAGUUUAUCGACGACGCAUUUCCUAUGCUUGGAUAGGUCAAGAUAUCCUAGGUAUUGCCUUGAUACUGACAGUUCUUCAGAUUGUGCGCAUACCAAAUCUCAAGGUUGGAACAGUUCUUCUCAGUUGUGCCUUUUUGUAUGACAUCUUCUGGGUAUUCGUUUCGAAAUGGUGGUUUGAUGAGAGUGUGAUGAUAGUGGUUGCUCGAGGCGAUAAGAGUGGAGAGGAUGGUAUCCCCAUGCUACUAAAAAUCCCUCGGAUGUUUGAUCCUUGGGGUGGUUACAGCAUCAUUGGUUUUGGGGACAUUAUACUGCCAGGACUAGUGGUAGCAUUUUCGCUAAGGUAUGAUUGGUUGGCAAAUAAGAGGCUUAGAGAUGGGUACUUUGUGUGGGCAAUGACUGCUUACGGUUUAGGUCUCCUUAUCACAUAUGUUGCUUUGAACUUGAUGGAUGGACAUGGCCAACCGGCUCUGCUAUACAUAGUACCUUUCACACUUGGCACGUUUUUGACACUGGGAAAGAAGAGAGGUGAUCUGAAGAUUCUGUGGACAAGAGGAGAACCUGAGAGGUCAUGUCCACACGUGCAACUAAAACCGUUGGAAGAAAAGGAGCAGUAACUACGUUUCACCUGUAAUUUUAUGAUAGUUUUUCAGUGAUUCAUACACCCAAAAAAAAAAAAAAAAAAAGGAAGUCUUUAACUCUUCCCUUGUAAAAGUUGUAGGAGAGAGCAUGUUAACAAUUUCAGCGUGUUGAUAUUUAUAAACUUCCAACUCAUAAGGGAACACACUAGAAGCAGUUUGUAGCUACUGAUCUUUAAAAAAGACUCUGCGUUUCACUUUUCUCUUUC